GAGCUCGGAGCGUCGGGUGAAGUUGCUGUGGUAACCGUAACGUUACUAGAUUACGCUAUAAGGAUUAAAAACACAAAUGUAUGAUCUCCAGUAUAUUUUAAAGGCAUCUAGAGAUGUAUUAACGUUAUUUGUUUGUCGCGACUGUUUACUUUUUAUUAUUAUUUUUUUUUAUUCUAUAUUUUCUUUCAAAUGACCACAGUUCAAUAUUCUUACGUUGAACGAAUCUGAUUUCUAGUCAUUUUAUCAUUAUCUAGACACAUUUAGUGGUGUGGUCAUACAAAUGUUCACUUUUUAAAAUGUGUUUUCAAAUCGAUUAACGUUAGUUUAACAUUUCAGUGUCAGUUCUCACAAAUCUAACAACUGAAUCGUUUAUUUGGCAAGGAGUUUAAUGUGGUUCGGAGGGUCGAACGUUUACUUUUUUUAAUUCUACGUUAUAACAUUGUUCUUAAAUGGACCAGUUAAGUUAUAUAUUUCCGUGUCAGUUCACAUAUUUCACGAGAAGAAAACACUUCAUAAAUGUAGGCUAAAGGGUGAUAGCCGCGACAGUUUGAAAUGUAAUUAAUCUAAAUAUUAUAUAACAAUAUACCAUUCAGUAUUUCUGUAAGAUUGCGUUUUUAUGUAAUAUAUUGGGUUUGUGAUCGAAAGUGGGAUUCAGGUUAACAUUUUAAAGUUUAUUUCACGACUGAAGCUAAAGUAUGAUCGUUUACGCGUCCUGUCAUCUUUUGCUUUAUUUCAUUUAAAGUGAAUGAAGCUGUUCUGUUGUUGGAUUAUCAAAUUUUGUGAACUAUCCCUAUAAAAACAUUUUAAUCACGCUUGUUCUGCAAUAUCACAGAAGCACUGCCCCUUUUGUAGUAGUUAGCGAUGUGGCCACUAGAGAGCGCAGCUGAGACGCGCUUUCAACAGGAAAUGUCCUCGCAAAACAAAGCUGGGCAAUGAUCAGCUCGCACAGCAGUGUUGGAUACAGCAUCAGAUUCAGUGCAAACCCUCUGCUACAGCACAUUUACAGCGAGCUGGCAGCCCGCGCUUCUUCCUACUAUGCUUUCCAAAAACUCUCAAAACGGAUACAGUGUUGCCCGAUAUUUCUUGCUUUGGUCGCUCGUGCCCCUCAUCACUGCAAAGGGAAAUGUCAUGGAGAGCCCAACAAAGAUCCAUAACGCUGACAAACCUCCCUCUGAGACUCAACUGGACUUGAGAGAAGUGGUGUUUGUCAUCCAGAGCCAGAGGAACUCUUUCCAUUUGCAGCAGGCAGAGAAACUCAGAAAAGACCUUCUGCUGCAGGCACAAGCUCUUCAAGAGAGUCCCCCUGUCAUCCUGCUUCUGCACACACUGACAGACAAUGAGGGAGACUGGAGCAUUCUCCCACUACUGCCUCAUUUAUCAUCACUGUUUGGCAAGAACUCGUCUUGGAUCAUGUUUCUAGAGGAGGACACCAGAGUGAAACUUCAUAAACUCCAAGAAGUCCUCCAAAGAUUUGACUGCAGAAAAGAGUGGUUUCUUGGUAAGCCUCUGCAUGAUGAGGAGUCCACCAUCAUCCAUCAUUAUGCUUUCUCUGAAAACCCUGCGGCUUUCGAGUACCCAGACUUCUCUGCAGGAUGGGUUCUUAGCAUCUCUCUGAUCAACAGUUUGACAAGCAAAAUAGAAGAGGAGCCAUUAAAAUCGGACUUCACCAUAGAUCUGAAACAUGAGGUUGCACUGUACAUUUGGGAGGAUGGAAAGGGACCUCGUCUGACAGGGGUUCCAGAACUUUGCACGCUACCAGAGCACAAUCCAAGAGCUCAACACUGUGCCACCACUGUCAGCAACCAUUCACCAGUGUGUGACCAGCCUGUUAAGAGCGACAGCAUCUUUGUAGCAGUGAAAACUUGUAAGAAGUUCCAUUCCGACAGAGUUCCUGUGGUGAAGAAAACAUGGGCUAAACAAGCAUCUCUGCUGGAGUAUUACAGUGAUUAUGCCGAUCCUUCUAUACCCACCAUUAAUCUGGGAGUGCCAAACACAGAAAGGGGUCACUGUGGGAAAACAUUCGCUAUCUUGAGGAGAUAUUUGAGCAGUCAUGUGCCCAAGACCGAUUGGCUGUUGAUUGUGGAUGAUGAUACUCUUAUAAGCUUGCCCAGACUGCAGGCCUUGCUGAGCUGCUAUGACUCCAGUGAGCCGGUGUGUCUGGGAGAGCGUUAUGGGUAUGGACUGGGACAGGGAGGAUACAGUUACAUCACUGGUGGUGGGGGGAUGGUGUUCAGUCGAGAGGCUGUGGUCCAGCUGUUGGCGAGCGGCUGUAAGUGCUACAGUAAUGAUGCUCCUGAUGACAUGGUUUUGGGAAUGUGUCUCAAUUCUCUACGAGUUCCUGUCACACACAGUCCCCUCUUCCAUCAGGCUCGUCCAGAAGAUUACUCAAAGGAGUUUUUGGCCCACCAGACCCCCAUUUCCUUUCACAAACACUGGAACAUAGACCCUGUUGCGGUUUUUAACAAGUGGUUGCUGAACAACAGACACACAGAAGGACUACAGAAAAGCACUAAGGAGGAAUUAUAGUGUCUGCGUUUGUGUGUGUGCAUGUGCGAGAGUAGUAAUGUGUGUAUGUCUGAUCUGUGUCAUUCUAGUAUGUUUUCUAUAUUGUGAAUCUUGCACAAACAUGACUGAAAGGGUGCCUUCUGGUCUGUAUGAAUGUCCCUAACAGUGUUUUCUUGGGAGUUGCAUGUCUUAAAUGUAUGUUGGAGAAACAUUUCUGAAGUAUUUAUAUUACACGAUUAUCAUGACCUAUUCAAGGUUAUUUGUAGGUUUAUUUUUAAACACUUUUGUUUUCUAAAAGAUUUGAAUUAUGUGUGAAUUAUAAUAAUUGGAAUUUAUGAUAAACUUUAAAUCCUGUUGCCUUAAA